CUCACAUGUUUACAACCUGAGAGCGACUCUUCUCCCUUCUUAAGUGAUGCAGCAGACUGAAAUGGCACACGUUCCCUCUGCAGUGCGUGACAUGCAGCUGAAUGGAGUCUCAGAGGAGAUGGAUCUGCUUCAUAUAGAUGUGGAGACUGAUGUGGUGGAAGACAAGCCUGGGAGAGAGGAUGCACAGUGUUCAAGGAAUGUGUUGAGGAAGCAGCGAAACUGGGAGAGGCACAUUGCUGCAAAGAAAAGCAAAAGGAAAGAAGAGAAGCAGAGGAGGAAGUUCAACCGUGAGCGGGAGUUAGGUGCCAGUGCUGAUGCUCCUCAGUUUACCAAACGGGUCAUGAAGGCAAUCACCAAAGAGCGUUUAGCUGAGGCCAUGGUCACAGGGCUCAAACUCUGUGUUGAUCUGAGUAUGACUGACUGCAUGUCUGACAAAGAGAUAAGCCGGCUGGCUGGCCAGUUAAGAAGACUGUAUGGGUCAAACAAGAAGGCAGCUCAACCAUUCCACCUGUUCCUGACAGACCUGAGAGAGGACAGCCAUCUCUACAGAGAGUGCAUACGAAUGAAUGACGGCUUCCUUAACUACAUGAUGGACAUAACAGAGGAAAGCUGUCUGGAUCUUUUUCCUACAGAAACUGUUGUCUACCUCUCUCCAGAUGCUGAAGAAGCUUUGGAAACAAUAGAUGCCGACAAGGUGUACAUCCUUGGUGGACUUGUGGAUGAAAGCAUCCAGAAGAAGCUGAGCUUCUCGCGCGCCACAGAACUGAGCGUCCACACGGCGAGACUUCCCAUAGACGAAUACAUGGUGAAGAAAGACAACGCCAAGAAUUUCCACUCAAAGAUCCUGGCAGUUAAUCAAGUGUUUGACAUCUUGUUGGCCUUCUGUGACACGGGCAGCUGGACAGAAGCCCUGAAAGCCUGGUUCCCCCAGGGGAAGGGUUAUGUCAUUGCACCAGAUGAUUCCUCACCACUUCCUGUAACACAGACGUUUGAUCAAUGUUUCAUGCUUGAAACAGAAGCUCAUGUUAAUGGACAAUAA